AUGGUAGAUCGGAGUGUUUCGACGCUAAAUCCGAACGCGCCGGUGUUUGAUCCAGUUGGAUUUCGUGAAGUUGAGGAUUUCUCACCAAACUGGUGGGACCUUGUGACGACUUCCAAGUGGUUCCGUGAUUUCUGGCUCACUUUCAACUCCGAGUAUGAUUUCGACGCCGGCGACGAGUUUGAUUACGAAGAACUGAUCAUAUCGUCCGACGAGAAUCAGAUCGUUAGAUCUACAGUGACCGGUAACGAAAAAUACACAUCUCAGGAUUUGUUCUCUCUUCAAAUCGGUAGAAAAUUUUCAGAUCGGAAGUAA